AUGAAUCUUCGUUGGUGUUUCUUAACUUAUCUCUUUCUCUUGGUGGGGUUGAAAGUAGAUCUAGCUAAUGCUCAGAUUUACAGAAAAGUUGGAAAAAAAAUCCUCCCUUAUUCCAAAAUAGUUGUGGAUCAAACAGGGCAUGGAAACUUCUCUACCAUACAAUCUGCUAUUGAUUCAAUCCCUUCCAACAACAGACAUUGGGUCAACAUCAAAGUGAAUGAAGGUACCUACAGAGAAAAAGUGAAGAUUCCUCUGGAUAAGCCUUACAUUAUACUAACAGGAGAUGGAAAGAGGAGAACUUUAGUUGACUGGGAUGACCAUACGGCAACCGAUCAGAGUCCUACAUUCUCAAUCAUGGCUGACAAUAUUGUUGUCAAAUCCAUGAGCUUUAGGAAUUCAUACAACAAUCCAAUGAAUAGUAAUCCUGUAACACCUGCCGUAGCUGCGAUGGUAAUGGGCGACAAGUGUUACUUUUUUAGAGUUGGUUUCUUUGGUAUGCAAGACACUUUGUGGGACCAAUUGGGAAGACAUUACUACAAGCUUUGUACUAUACAAGGUGCUGUUGAUUUUAUCUUUGGUGCAGGCCAUGCUUUAUUUGAGAGUUGUGUCAUAUCUGUUAUUGAUGGGGCACUAGGUCCAGGUUUGCCUGGUUAUAUCACAGCACAAGGGAGAUCAAGUCCAAAAGAUUCAAAUGGUUUUGUUUUCAAAGAUUGUAAGGUGUUUGGAAGUGGGUCAAUUUACUUGGGAAGGCCAUGGAGAGAUUACUCUAGAGUUCUCUUCUACAAUACCUAUAUGUCCUCCAUUGUACAACCUAUUGGUUGGGAUGCAUGGUUUUCCGCUGGACACGAGGAUCGCAUAACGUUUGCUGAGUAUGGCAAUUUUGGACCUGGUGCUAAUACAUCCAAGCGAGCGAAUUGGGCUAAGAAGUUGGGUUUAUCAACAGUUAAGGAGUUGGCAAGUUUGAAAUUCAUUGACACUGAAGGAUGGAUAAAAACAGAACCAGUGACACCUCAUUUGCUCCUACUGCACGUAAUCAGGAUCAAAUCACAGGAUACAAUAUAUCCAAUGCCAGUUAUGGAGGUCGUUUCUAUAGUCCUAGAAGAGGAAGAGGACGUUAUGGAGGUCGUUUUAACCGAGGAAGAGGACGUGGAGAGCGUACCAAUGUUCAAUGCCAAUUAUGUUAUAAGUUUGGUCAUGAUGUACAUUCAUGUUGGCACCGGUUUGAUGAGAACUUCACACCUAUUGCUCCUUCAAACAACACUGCUCAGUAUUUUUCACCACAGUACUCUCAAUAUCCGAACAGUCAAUCUCAACAGAAUCGUGUAUUUCAUUACACUCGCGGCCAGAAUAAUCAACCUCAUGCCAUGA